GGCCUCGGCUUCCACCGCUGCGUCUUAUCUGCGCACGCUCACACACACGCUCCCUCUCAGUGGGGAAGUGUCAGUCCGGCCCCCCCUCCUCCUCGGUGCACCUUCUCGCUAUGGAGCAGACGUCUGUCACACGCCAAGCUGAACUGUCGAGCCUGACUUCCGAAGUGGUCGCUGUCGACAAACAAAGCGAGAGCUUCCGCGAAUUCGACCGCUUCCGUGUCACGUCGGAGCCGGUCCUGACUCAGCCCGGGCUCGGCAUCACCACGACAACCGUGACCACCAUCACGCAGACGGGAGGAGACUGGAGCACCGGCCUGCUGGACGUCUGCGCAGACAGAAACACGUGUAUCGUCGGUGGCCUGGUUCCGUGCUGUUUGGACCUGAAUUUGGCUCAUCACUUUGGCGAGUGCCUCUGUCUGCCUCUUCUACCUGGAUCAACCUUCGCCAUGAGAGUGGGAAUCCGGGAGCGCUACAAGAUCAGACAGGGCAGCGUGUGUGAAGACUGGGCCAGUGUGUGCUGCUGCUACUGUCCAGCCCUGUGUCAGAUGAGCCGAGAAACCAAGCUGAGGAUGAAGACCCGGACGUAUCAUGUGACCACGGCCCUCGAGAGCUCGUGAGGCUUCUGCACCCGAGUGACCGGUAUCAAACAGUCAGUAAAUGUAGCUAUGCGCAAUAACAGACGUGUUGUGGGUCAGCUGAUCGGCACACUAUGUUUUUUCUGGCAUUUUUCGGGGCCGUUCGAGUUCUGGAUUUUUGAAAUCAGGAGCAAAAAAAAUCUCAAUUUUUUUGUUCAAACUUUUGUUCCGGGACGUUCGAAAACCGAGGUACCACUGUGUGUAUAUAUAGUGUGUAUAUAUAUUGAUGAAUACAGAGCCCGUAUUAAAAGAAAAUUUCCUCGUUGACAUUUAUAUAUUUUUUUUCUACAGUGAAAUAUUUUUUUAAUUUUCUCAUAAACUCAGUUUGCUGGAUGACAUUUUCGCCACAGAUGUCUAUGUUAAUUUGACCUUUAUUUGCAGCGUAAUAAUUGGCCCUGCUAUUGUCCCGUUCAAACUCAUUUGUAUUUUGCAAACUGUUCCUUCCGAACCCUUUACGUUAAACCUGCAUGAGUCGGGACGUUUCCGCGGCGAUGACGAGUCGUCCCGGUGGAAUUCAAACCGAUGAGCAUUUGAUAUCGUCUUGUCAGCCAAAGGUCAGCAGACACAUUAACGUUUCCCGUUUCACGACGGAGAGAGUGAGGAGCAUCCUUCCUCACCUUCAGGCUCAGAUGGUGUAAUGACUGUGUAACGACACAUUUGGGAGGCUUGCUAAACAUCUGUGGGCUCGCUGACGUCUCAGACAGAGGCAGGUAAUCCAUCAUGUGACAGCAGCAAACACCUUCCCGAGAUUUGACAUGCAGGCGCCGCCGGCUGAACCUGGGAUUAUGGUUCGCAGCGUGGCCAGUUUGUAGCCAAACCAAAUGAUCCCGAUCGAAUUAGAGGUUUGGUGCAUGAAGCCGACGGCCCGAGUCAUGAGCUUCUUAACCCUGACUGACGAACAAUGUCCUCAACUGAAACCCCACUAAAAAUAAAGUUAGAGAAAAGAAAAACAGAGUAAAAUAGCCUUUUGUGCAGGGACAUUAGACUUGCACAAGAAAAAACAGCAGCGAGACCUCGGCAACAAAAUGUCGUCGCUUGGCUUCCGGUUCCAAUACCUAUACAUUAUAAUAUUAAUGAGUGCAAAAACUAAUAUACUUCUGAGUGCAAAGUAAGGGUAAAGUAAGUUUAGUAAAGUGUGAAACUUUAGGCUACAUGCUAACAUGCUAACAGGUUGAAACUAUCUCUCAUACUGGUCAAGCCGGGAAACUCAUUUUUCUCUUCAUUACAAAUCAAAGUGGGGUUUUUGUUAUUAGACCUUUGUUUUCACAGUUAUUUAUGAGCAAAAAUGGAACAUGGCGCCAACUUCACUGAAGAUUCUGAACUGAUAUGCGUCUCUUUCUGGAGCACUGUCUUUCGGUUUUAGUGUGGUAUGAAACGGUUGACACGCCAUUUGGAUGUUGGUGGAUUGACGCUUGGGUUUCAGUGGGACGCUCAUCCCGUGUUCAGUCACUGAGUUUUGGAGGGGGGGCAUGAAGGUACCCGUUACUCUGUGGGAAGUUAGACCUGGGACGUCAUAAGCUUAGCGCAUCCUAGCUACCAAAUUAUCGGAAUGUGUUGUUUCUUUGUCUUGUUUCUUUCCUCUAUAAAAAUAAAAAUAAAAAUAAAAAUAAAAAUAAAAAUAAAUUCAGACAAAGAAUUAUACAUGAAAGAAUUUUUUAAAAUAAAAUAAAAUACACACUUCAUUCAGAGGAGGAAUCAUACAUGAAAAAACAUUUUAAAAUUAAGAAAAUUAACUAAGACAAAAAAUGAUACAAAGAUUUUUUUUCUGUAUGAAUAAAAGUCGGGUGACAUUACUGGAGGAUCGCAAAUGGUCGUAAUGGGCUGAUGAGGCUUCAUGAAACAGUGCGCUUAUUUUCACAGCUCACUAGGUGGCGCUCUCGGUUUAGAAAUGAUGGGAGGUUUCAGUGAAGUAACUGUUCAAAAUCAACGAUUUUAGAGCAGAGAGUGUCACCUAGUGGGCUCAUGCUAGCAUGUGAGCAAACCAGCAUUUCAGUUGACGCCUUUAGAGUUUGACAACAGUGAUGACAUAUGAACUGUUGCGCAUGCAUUUUGGCAGCAGAAGUACAACGUACUGCUGUUUUUCAGGCUAAAAUAUCACACAUUUGAUGCGCAAAGAUCACGCUACAAUGUGUUCUAACACUGACUAUAGGACUCGUAGCUAUGAGCCUCUUUCGUCGACAAAUUGCAAGCUUGUGUUUCUUCAUGAUGUCAGCUGUAAAUGGGACUCCACUGGUGCCACCAACCUCAGUGCGGUGACGUGGGAGUGUGGUGGGGUGAAAACGGGGCUUCAACUGUAUGAGUGAGUCCAAUAUCAACAGGAAACCAGGUCGACCCGCGUUCCAAAAAAUCAUGUGCGAACACACAGUGUUCAAGUGUGAAAGUUGGUUCGUCAUUUUUGUUCUGAAACUGGGAACCAAAGCCCCCGAUUCUCUGCUUCUUGCGGUACAAGAGCCGAGAGAAUCGAUACGUCAGUGAGACGGAGCGAUCCGGAAAUGAAAAUGUAUUUUACUGAGUGAAGCAGGUGGCUUCUCAAAGGGCAAGCGAGUCGUUGUUCACUCCACCUGCAGCUGCUUCGACACUGGAGUCACUCAGAAAUGUAUAGACUUUUCACAUGGUAAAGUUCAUCAGAAACAAGGAGCAUGUAAAACGUAAAAUAAAAUAGAUAUAAAUACUGAAUUCUAGAUCAAAGCACUUCCCGACAUAGAGUCAGUGGGCUGGAAAAAAGAUGGGAGUAUAUCGUCGACUCUGAACUGGUGGCCAGAUGAAGAACGUAAAAUUAAGAUUGAUAAUGUGAGUAACGCUUCCUCUGACAUCACAGAUGCGGCUUCUAUAUCAACUCCGAGAAGUCGGUUUGUUGAAGGAUUCAGCUGAGAUUUGCUGACUUUUAGAGCUCUGUGAUGUGAACUUGGCAUCGUUGACGUUUCCUCGUCCUUCAGGCAACAGAUGCUCCAGAUUCCACCAUCCAUCUCCGUCAGUCUUUUGAAGGCGCGGUGAUGAACGCCCGGCUUUGAGAAACACAGAGACACAUUUCGUCGGGAAACUGUUCCUGAGUUGUGGAGAUUCUGCUUCAGACAGACUCACGACUCUGAGAACAUCACAGACACUGAGCAUUGGAUUUGAAGUUGGAGAAGUGAUAAAUCCAUCUCACAAAUAAACAAAUG